AUGACUCGUGCCAUGAAGCGUUUGCGGGCCGGUGUAGCGCAUUUCCGUGUAUGCAGAAGUCUCUGCAGUGGCACUCCGGCGAUUGCCAGAAGAGCCAAAGUUCUGCGCGGCGAAGGCACGAUCUCGGUGGUUGCCAAAGCACUACAAAUGCAGAAGCAGGGGAAGGACAUCGUCCGCAUGGAGGUAGGUGAUCCAGACUUCAGCACUCCAGACCACAUCACGGCGAGUGCUGUGGAAGCUUUGCAUGCAGGGCGAACGCACUACGAGGGAGCCGGAGGAUCUCCGUCCUUGCGUCGGGCGGUUGCCGCUUAUCUGGAACGCACGAGGCCUGGCUUAGAAGCGGACCCAGACAAGGUGCUCUGUAUGCCCGGCGGAAAGCCUGUGAUCUUCCACACGAUCGCAGCAGUGUGCGAGGAAGGCGACGAGGUGAUUUAUCCAGAUCCUGGAUUUCCGGCUUAUGAAACCACCAUCGAGUGGAGCGGAGCGACGCCAGUGCCCCUUCGGCUUGAGGAAGCCUCGGGUUUCCGUUUCCGCCACGAAGAGCUUCGCAGGCUCGCAUCCCCGCGCACCAAGCUGAUCAUCUUGUGCUCGCCUGGCAAUCCAACGGGUGGAGUGCUCACUCGAGAAGACCUCGACUGCGCAGCAGAGAUUGCAAAGGCUUGCAACUGCUGGGUGUUGAGCGACGAGAUCUAUGCGAGGCUUGUCUUCGACGGUCAGCAGCCUGACAGCAUCGCCCUGCGCAAGGACAUGCUGGAACGGACAGUGAUCUUGGAUGGUUGCAGCAAGUCCUUCGCCAUGACUGGCUGGCGCCUGGGCUUCGGAUUGUUUCCGGCAGAGCUGGUUGAGCCCGCCCAGAACCUCGCAAUCAAUAGCUGGACCUGUGUUCCUCCGUUUGUCGCAGCUGGCGCAGAAACUGCUUUGGCUACGCCGGAGGAAGUGAUGGCCCCGAUGCGCCUAGAGUAUGCAGCCAGGCGAGAUCUGGUUUACGAGAAGCUUGUGGAAAUUCCUGGCAUCUCCGUGGCUGUGCGUCCAGCAGGAGCUAUGUACCUUCUUGCGAAUGUGACUGGAACUGGAAUGAGCUCCGCGAAGUUUGCGGACAGAUUGCUCGAGGAGUAUGGUGUCGCAGUCCUCGACGGGAACUUCUUUGGGGCUGGUGGCGAUGGCUUGAUCAGGAUUUCCUUUGCACAGUCUCGGGAACGGCUUGCAGAAGGAUGUGAGCGCAUCAAGCAGUUUGUGGCCAGUUUGAAGCCUUAG